CGUGCUUGGUUGCUAGACAACGAGUCGGCCAAUUAGCGUGCUGUUUGGUUUGCGUGCAGUGGUGUGUACUGUCAUUUGGACCGACAUGGAUUAAGGAUCUGCUGUAUCGUGAUGCAAGGAGCAAUUGGGAAAUACAUUACGAACUCAAACGUUAAGAGCAGAGUGCGUAGGUGGAUCUUGUGGCGAGCUUUGUAUAUCCUGCACAUGUAGUAGAUGAUCCAGACACAUAGCCUGAAGGCUGCACUGCAACAAUGCCAGAGUCAUCCCUGGAAGUCAAGGAUAUUCGCAGCAGCUCUGUUGAAUGUAGAACACCCCCCUUGGGGCAGUUUAGCCAAUCAGCGCUGCCACUGCACAGAAAGUCCUACAUGCUCAGUACCUUCUGCACAGAGCACAACGUGCAAGAAUGUCUAUCACACAUCAAUCAGGAGGUGUCAUCUCUUGGCCUGCCACCAGUUUGGACAGAGUCGUCGGGCGGCAACUCCGAGAUGAAUGUUGUGGCUGUGCUGAAUUGCAUGUACGACCUGAUUCAGCUGCACCGCAGGGGCCUCCGAUCCCUGGAAAACAUGGAAGUGGAGCAGCUUAAGUCCAGCAGCAAUGUGGACUACUUGCAGCUCACCAGCACCCGACUAAAAGAGCAGCUUGAACUGUCCAAAAGAGAGAACACAGGACUCCUUGAGAGAGAACGACAGCUGCAGCUGAAAGUGAAGAGUUUGCAAAACUGCCUGAAAAAUGAAAAAGAAGAGGUGCAAAAACUUCAGAACAUAAUUGCAAGCCGGGCCAGUCAGUACAAUCAUGAGAUGAAAAGGAAAGAAAGAGAAUUUAACAAACUGAAGGAGCGCUUGAAUCAACUUCUGGUUGACAAAAAGGAGCGGAAACAAGCCAUUGAUGUAUUAAACAACAUUGGAAGAGCUGAUGGGAAGAGAAGCCUUUGGAAAACUGAAAAGACAGAGGCAAAGCACGAGGGGGAGAUGUAUAAGACUCUGCUGAGCGACUAUGAUACCCGACAAAGGGAGUUGCUGCUGGAAAAUGCAGAGCUGAAGAAAGUGUUGCAGCAGAUGAAAAAAGACAUGGUGUCCAUUCUAAGUUCAAGGAAACCAACGCUGAAUGGCGACAAACAUCAAGAUGAUGGCAGACAGGUUGACUCAGAGGAGGAAGAGGAAGUGUUUGAUUCCAGUAAAGAAAGCAUGGAGCUGUAUUGCGUUCACGCCCGGGAGAAGCUGACCAACAGUAUUCGCCUCCAGUGGAGGAGACUCAAGAGUCACGUUGAAAGAUUGGACAGCCAAGCAUCUUUGGCUCAGAUGGGCGGGAGUAAAAACGCUGAUGCUGUUUCCCGAGAGACUCAUGAGGAGGAGAUGGACAGACUGAAGCUGGAGAUCCAGCAGUGCAAAGACUUUAUUCAAACACAACAGCAGCUCCUGCAGCAGCAGCUGAGCUCUCCGUGUGAUGAGGAAACGGCCUCCUUGCUGAGCGACUGCUACAUGCUGCAGGAGAAAGAGCACCUCAGAGAGGAGUGGAAGACCCUAGAGGAACAGAGAAAGAUCUUUGAGAGGGAGAGGAGGAACUUCACUGAAGCAGCUAUAAGACUUAGCCAUGAGAGGAAGGCCUUCGAGGAGGAUCGAGCAACAUGGCUCAAACACCAGUUUUUAAACUUGAGUCCAUUUGCUGACUCAAAGAAACCCCAGAUGUCAAAAUCUAAAAGUGCCUUUUUAAUAUCUGAAACAAAAUCAGUGUCAGCUCCAGAAAAGCUCAUCAAAUGCCCAUCUGACACAACCUCCCCCUCACCCAGAUGGGUCCCACUCACAUCACCAUCAACAGCCGACCUGUAUCGCACGCUUUGCCUUUUCCCAGAAAACAGCUCAACCAAACCAAAGAGAGAGACUGAACAUGUUGAAGAAUCAAAAAUCUUUCUUAAUGGAAAUGUCUCAGUUCAGCACAAACAGUGGAACGACAGUGAAGGCCACAGCAGCCACACACUCACAAAGGAAAAGAACAGCUCUAUAUGAAGCCAAAAACUUUCAUCAUGUGAAUCAGAAUUAAAGUUAAUGUUCAUUUAUAAUGGAUGAUUUGUGGUAUUUCAGUAAUACACCUGAAUUGUGAAUGCCAAACACUUGCAGAUAGACUGCAAAAUGAUUGAAUAGCUGAGUCGAGUUUUGGUUAGCUGCUGGUGUUCUGUUCUCUGUGUGACUGAGAGAAAAUGUGUCUAAUUGUUCCUUUUUUAUUAUCUUACUGUUUUAUUAAUUAGACUAUGUGAUAACUGUAUUUAUUUAUUUAUGUGGCACUGUAAAUCUUGAUUUGGCGGUCAUAUCUUAUGUCUAGGUCUGAGGCUAGUACUUAUUUGGCAAUGCAGGUGUGCCACAAAAGAUCAUGUGUCCCAGUAAUGUUGCUUGGCCCUUGUUAAUGGUCGCUGUUGCACCUAAACUUGCCUAAAUGUUGCUGUUUAUAUCACAGCUUUUCAGCUUCUGUUAUCAUGUUAAACUUGUCCACUGGCACAAUGUUUUAGAAUGUAGAUUUAAUGCUGCUGUUUCACUGAAUGCAAUAAGAAACUGGCUAAAAUAUGAAGUGUGUUUCUAUAGUUUAAUAUAGAAAUGUGGUUGAUAACAUUGUUUAGUAGUGGGUGAUGUAUGAUGUUGCAGUUAAAUGGGAAGAAAGGGUGUGAAAUUAAUACAAAUUACAUAAUGUGUAGUAGAACCCUGACACAGAGGUUAGUGUGGUGGUGUCAAUAUGAAUGUAAAUUCCGCUCACCAUUUUUUAAAAUCAAUGUGUUUAUUUUAGUUGCUUUAUAUUGACAGAUGAGAAUAAUUCUUACCACAGGAAUGUGACAUGAUGUAUUCUAGACAAUCUUAUAUUCUUGAAACAUUCAUAAUACAUGCCUCAAACACA